AUGUGGACGUUUCCCAUAACGGAUUCUCAGCGUCAUGAUAUAGUUCAAAGCGGCCCCACACAGCAGUUAAAUAACAGUGAUAAAGAUUAUCCCAAACAUGAUGAUCAUAGGCACUUUUCUAAUUUUCAUUUCUCAAGAAAACUAAAUAAUGGUGAAAUUCAACAUCGUCGCUGGUUGGUUUAUUCAAAAUCUCAAAAUAAAGUUUUCUGUUUUCCAUGCAGACUAUUUGGCAAUUUACAAACUCAGAUGGUACAGGGAGGGUGCUGUGACUGGAAACACUUAAGUAGUAUUUUACAUAGACAUGAGAAUACCAAAGAACAUAUGGCCUUUAUGUUCAAAUGGAUAACAUUAGAGAAAGGAAUCAAGCACGGAAAAACAAUAGACCAAGAAAACGAAAGGCUAAUUCGUGAAUCUCAAAAACAUUGGCACAAUUUGUUUGAGAGAUUAAUUGAUAUCAUUAAUUUCUUAGCCUCUCAUAAUCUGGCAUUUAGAGGUUACAGAGAAUCUCUCAAGAUAGACGACGACACUAGGAAUUCUGGUAACUUCAUAGACUUAUUUAAAUUGAUAUCCAAAUUUGAUCCUACGUUACGGGAACAUAUGAAACUCAUUAGUGACAAAGAACUUGCACACUAUUAUCUAAACCACGAUAUUCAAAAUGAAUUGAUCACAUUGAUGUCAAAAACAAUUACCGAUGAAGUUAUUCGUAGGGUAAAAGAAGCAAAAUAUUAUUCUUUUUUGCUCGACUGCACUAAAGACUGCAGUAGAGUUGAACAAAUGUCAGUUAUCUUAAGAUUUUGUAAUACAUCAACCGGCACAAUAGAAGAAAAUUUUAUCGGAUUUCUUGCUGUCACUGAGACGACUGGAGAAUAUUUAACUAAUGCAAUACUGGGAGAGCUAGAAAAAAUGGCUUAA